UUCCUUCUUCAUACAAAUCAGUUCGAGGAUGUCGUCCAGGAAAAUCGGUACCUAUGCCAGAGGAAGAAAUUCGAGCGCUAUGUUUAAAAUCUCGUGAAAUUUUCCUACAACAACCGAUACUGCUGGAAUUGGAGGCUCCACUUAAAAUUUGCGGUGAUAUACACGGUCAGUACACAGAUUUGCUGCGACUGUUCGAGUACGGUGGAUUUCCCCCGGAGGCCAAUUACUUAUUCCUGGGCGAUUACGUGGACCGAGGCAAACAGUCGCUGGAAACGAUCUGUCUUCUGUUAGCGUACAAAAUUAAGUAUCCGGAAAACUUUUUCCUACUGCGCGGAAAUCAUGAGUGUGCCAGUAUUAAUAGGAUAUAUGGUAAGAGAGCGUACGGGAUAGUUUUUUUUUUCCUGCGGAGCAAAAUGAUGAUGGAUUUCCACCCCAACCUAGGUUUCUACGAUGAAUGCAAACGGCGGUACAACGUGAAGCUGUGGAAAACUUUCACCGAUUGUUUCAAUUGCCUGCCCAUUGCUGCCAUUAUUGAUGAGAAAAUAUUCUGCUGUCACGGAGGCUUAAGCCCGGAUUUGAACCACAUGGAACAGAUUAAACGCAUAAUGCGACCGACAGAUGUGCCCGACACGGGGCUGCUGUGUGAUCUGCUGUGGAGCGAUCCGGACAAGGACGUGAAGGGCUGGGGGGAGAAUGAUCGUGGCGUAAGCUUUACGUUCGGCGUGGACAUUGUGGCCAAGUUUUUGCUUAUUCACGAGCUGGAUCUCAUUUGCCGGGCGCAUCAGGUCGUGGAGGAUGGGUACGAGUUCUUUGCCCGGCGAUCGCUAGUAACGCUCUUUUCCGCACCGAACUAUUGCGGUGAAUUUGACAAUGCCGGCGGCAUGAUGUCGGUCGACGCGAAUUUAAUGUGUUCGUUUCAGAUUCUGAAGCCAUCGGAAAAGAAGGCUAAAUAUCAGUACAGCGGAACGAACAAUCAGCGGCCGCAGACGCCCCAGCGCAAUCAAAAUCCAACCAAUAAACGGAAAUAAUAAUUUCUCUCCCUUCUCAACCGCUACCUAACGAGACGCAGCAAAAAGAAGUCAUCAGUAACAGCCAGUUCGUCGGCAAACGCCACCACCGCCACCAGCAAUGCAACUAAUGUUUCCAACAGUGCCGAAGGGGAAGAUGAACUAAUGCUUACCGGUACGUCCGUGCCGUACGAUCCUGCAGCGGAGAAUGUAGCACAGUGUCAGGACCAUGAUCGAGCUAACGCAUUAAACGGUACGGCAUCCUCUACCACAGCAACCGGUGGUGUCGCAUCGGCUGCUGCUUCAUCCGGCGCAUCCUCUUCGACGACGUUGCUGAAGAAUGUCCCCAUAAGAGCAAUCGUGUUUUCUGACCAAUCGAGCAUUGCUAACGAUACGACCACGUCGCAUUUACGACCCGCUACGCCAUCUUCCCUCCGGCCGGAUGGCGCCCUUGAAAGGCGUGGAUUUGCCGAAGAAGGGGAGGAAGAAUGUUCCUUACCGUCACCACCACCACCACCACCGCCGUCGAUACAAACGUUGCCAGUGAUGCAGAUGCAAGCGCUUCAUUUACACCACCAGCCCGCUCCGCAGUAUCCGUCAGAUCCGAUGGGCACGACGCAUAAUCCAUCGAGCUCCUCCACCGGCCGCUCGUGCUUUUCUCCGCCACCACCGGCAAUUGUGACUACCGCGCUAAUGAGUUCCACUGGGACGCAUGCGAUGUCUGGCGGUGCUGGUAGUUCUUCCGGUAGACAAUUACCACCGUAUCCGCCGGCGGUGCCACUUCCCAAACCGACACCCAUUUGGAUUACACCGGGCCAACAUUCAUCGGGCAGCACGGGUGGUAAUGCGCUCGGGAGGGAUAGGUCAGUGUCGGCGGCAUAUUCGACAGCAUCCACCAUAACCGUGGCUACCGGCAGCAACAGCCCGGCAGUAGUUUCGACUGUGCCUAUUCUGCGUACGUUCGGUGCCUCGGCGGGCUCAAGACAAAAUUCCUUCGGCAGCUAAGGUGUGGUGCGAUACGGAGCAUGCAACUAGCUAAGGUUUGUAGGAGGUUGGUUGGCUGAUUCGGCACGAACGGUUGUAAGAGCGUGGGGGAUGGGAUUCAUAUUGAACAGUGUGAUUGAAUGGUUUUUGGAUCAUUGUCCGAAUAGAAUCGGGGUAAUAGCAGCACCAACCAAGCAAAGCGAGUGGGCGCUACAAGACGCAGGACGAUGAUGACUAACAAAGCGUUUCGCGACAAACGGGAAGCGAGUGAGAAUGUGAGAGAAUUUUUGAACGAGCGAUGUGAACGGAGAGAAAGAGAGAGAGAGAGAGCGAGAUACAAAACCCGUGUGAAAAGAAACAAAAUGAAAUAGUUUUUAUUGAAUGAUAUUGUUAACAAAUACACAACAGUGCACUAUCAGAAAAAAAAGGCAAAUCAGAUGCUUUUUGUACGCGAUGAUACAGAAAGAAAGUAACUUAACGCAUGAUAAUAAGAAACGUAUGAAAUAAGAUUGAUAAGAGAGGGGUCAUUGCUGGGGGAAAAAUAAAAUCAAAUAAAAUGCCCCAGUGGCGUGUACAACAGGGCACAGGGCAAGAAGGAACGGCGUAAGGAGGGCAGGAGGAGGGUACAGUAAGGUAAUAUCAAAUCACCGGUCACCGGGUGUGUGCAGUCUUAUCUUAGGUCAAUCCAAGCAAAACACACACACACACACACCCCCAUUGCACUGUUGUCCACGGGGUACUAAUAAGGGAUGAAAGGAAAACGUACACCAAUCAGUGGGGUGCCCAACUGCAAAAGAAACGAUGCAUUACAUAGAAAAACGCAUACAACAUAGCAAACCCACUAAGCGCUCACAACUGUACAGCCCUCGAGCAUGGCUGUGUCACGGGGAAAAACGGACGCAUGAAGCAUAAUUGUGUGUAAUAUUAUUCAACAAAUCGGCAGUAGAGAUUGUGCGGAAAAGCGCACUUAGGGUGUAUCUAAUGCGAGCCGACAAAUGAUGUUGGAGCAUACAUUUUCAAAGCAAAAGGGACAGGGUGUUACUAUCCAUACAUAGAGAAGGAUCAAACGGAUGGCAGAAGGUGUAGCAGUUUCGAAUCGAUCCGAGAAGGGUGUACAUGUGUCUGGCAAGCAAAAGCAAAAGUAAAUCAUGGAAGAGAAUAAUUUGCACAAUUUGCAGAUUGUGCAUUUUAUUGACCGGGGGCACUACCACGAUGACCGAUACAACGGAAAACAGAACGGAAUUCAGCUACUGUGUACAAGGGACAAAGAGAUAAUGAUAUAUAAAACUGUAGAUACACAUAUGCAUAUAUACAUAUAUACAAUACACACACUCACACACAGGCGCGUACGCAUUACUCAGCAGGCAGCGGGUGGGAUGGAAGAAGUGUAAGAUGUGCAUGAGAGAUUAUCCGAUCAGAUUUUCGGUUGAUCGUUUUUAUUGCCUUCUGGAAAGCAAAAAAAUGGGAAAUUGAAUAUAUUCUGCCACCCCUCGGGUAGCCGGUGAGAGAUAAAAAAAGUGAGAUCAAAGAAAAUCAAACAUCAGAUCAGAUCCAUAUAAAUGCGUCAUAGCAAAGGGGUCAUAUAUAAUGUAAAGCACUGUAUAAACCAACAACUGCAUCUAUGCAUCUUCAUCCUGUUUUCCACAGACGCUGAAAGCGCUUGCGGAAAUUAGCACACUCAGAGAGAGAGAGAGAGAGAAAGGGUGGUGCGUUCGGUAAAAGGGAAACGUUACUUUUUCUACACACACAGCGAGCAAGGUCACAGAUUGUCAUGCAUUUACACCGGGGAAAAAAGAGGAACACGGUUUACGUUACUGUUACUUUUGAUCUGCCGGGAUAAGCUUCCCGUUCCAAAGAAUAUAUUAUAUUGCUAGUUAUGAUCGUGUGUUUUGCUUCGGCUAAACCUUCAACUGCCUGGGGGGAAGAAGCAGCUUGGUUCAGCUUUUAGUUAGGCGAUCGUCUGUUACACUUCCUUUGUGGUUUUAGUCCUAGCACAUCAACCUGGACCUUGUGGUCAGGAUAGUCAAGGGCAACUCUGUAUGGCUAUAUCCCCUGUGAAACGUGUUUUAAAACAUCCGGAAGAAGAAACCAUUAACCCAGCGUAACAUUUCGUUGGCUGUGAAAAGAUGCGCAAACCUGAACACGAAAUGUGAAUGCGGUAUGCACACAGAUGCAGCCGAUGGAUUUUCCAAUCUCAACCUCACUGGCGCCCGUUUCCAUUGAACCAAAGCUGAACGCAACUCUCCGUACCCGAUAGGACGAACAAACCAAACCGACCAUCGGUGGUUGUCCCGUUUGAGGAUGACCACUGCUCGUUCGUCGACUCACACUCCCCGAACAAAUCCAUUUAUACACGUCACCCGUUUGGAAGGCUUUUACAAACAAAAGAAAACAACACUAUUUUUACAUCCAAUCGACACACAGGGCAAAGGACAGAAACAAUAAAAUGUGAAAGCGAGGAAACGCCGUUUACGUUACGAACCUUCUUACCUUCCUAGUACGUCGUUUCUUUACAGAGCUGCUUGAGCUAUGUGUUAACGGUACGAUUUGUUUGUUUGCAACCCUUGCGUUGCAUCCGUUUUCAUCUUUUCUAUUAUCCCCUCUUAGCGAGCCUGACACUCGAAGCAAAGCAGAGUGGUAGCAACGGAUGAUGUGCGCGCGCGCUUACUAAGUUGGCGGAUUGUAUUAAGGAAAACACAAAACACCCCCCAUUUUGCAAAAUGGGAAUGCGUAUGCAUUAGAUCAGCAGCAGCAGCAGCAAGAUAGCAAGAAAACACAGUAAAUUAUUAUAAUUAACAAAACUCAGCAUACCCCCUGACGGUCGCGAAAAGAAAGCAACAAAAAAAAAAAAGCGUCGCCACACGGGCACAUUAUGUUGGAUCGAAGAGCAAUGUAAUGAAUAAAGGAUCAUAAUUAAUAUUAAAA